AUGAGUACGAGUAGCGGCAAGAUGGCGGAUACGAUUGCGGAUACAUGUGUAGAGCCGGCUCCUACGAAGCGACGGCCCGGUCGUCCUCGUAUGAAAGACAGCCUGCCCGCGGAUCCAAACGAUAACUCGCGCCGCUCUCGAAUGCGACUCGCUCAGCGGUCCUAUCGCAGCCGCAAAGAGAAUGAGCUCGCUACGACAAAAGCCAGGGCUGAUGUCCUGCAAAAAGCACUCAACAGCUCCCUGGACGAGUUUAUCCGCUUCCACGAGUUAUCAUCAGGCAAGGAGAAGGACCUGCCGUCCGAAUUUGUGCUGCAGCUCAACAGGACGGCCAUGAACAUCAUGGCCAUCGCCAGGAGCGCCCAGACAGAUGAGUGGCCGUCGUUGGACCAGGCCGAUCGUCUGUUGGCCAAAAUGACCGACUCCCACGGUAAGGACGACGACUCCAUCUACAUCCUCUCUCACGAGGCGCGGGAUGCUUCCGGCAACUGUCUGCGGCCCAAGCCCGUCACAAUCUCCCAGCGUCUGAUCCGGGCGUGCGUUGACCGCGCCGCAGACAUGCUGAAUCUCACCAGCUCGCCCGUCAUGUGCCUGCUUCCAGCCAUGCUGCUGCCGCUGCAGUUUGACCGCCGCGACAACUUGCUGUCUCGAACCAUGCGCUUCCUCAACCUUGAAGACGAGGAUCUCGUGCUCGAUACCGAACACAGCCCCAUGGCCACGCGGCAUCUGCCCAAGAUGCUGCGGCUGAUUGAGGGCCAGUCCAACACCCUGGUGCCGCGGAUGGCGCCCCCGAACCUGCAGCGUCUGCAGUUUGGCCGAACGAGGACGGUGCUGUCCACGGCGCUGCCAGACUUGCAGGGCGAAUGGCUGGAGGCGUCGGACGUGGAGGAAUAUCUCGAGCAGCGGGGGAUUUUCAUCCGGCAAGACUCUCCAAACACUGACAUGUUGAACUUAGCGAUUCCCAUCGACGCCGGCCUGGCAACGCAGACGAUGGACCUCAACGAGGUCAACAUGCAAAACCCGGUCCGUCUAGUCCGGCAGAAUCCAAACCCAAACCAAGGCCUAAGUUCAAGCUUCAUCGAUCCGUCGUUGAUGCCGGCCGACAUGCAGCGAGACUGCUCGCUCGACGACUUUGCCGCAAACCCCGACUUUACAGUCUUUGGCCAGCAGCGCGAUGUCCAGGUUGUGCCGUCGGGCAUGAAGAUGUUUACGCCGACUUCCUGGACGCUUGAAGACUCGCAAAUAUUGCCGAUAGAUAUGACGAUGCGGAACAACAAUCCGGAGCACAUCAACAUCAUGAUCAACCUGGACAGCAUGAUCAUGCGUCUGGCGUCCAAAGCCGUGUGCUUGGGGCCGUGUCCCGGGAUUAGGAGGGCGCAUGUUGAUGAGGCGAUUCGCGACUCGGUGGUUCACACGCCGCCGAUGUAG